AUGCACCACAGCGCCGCCGUAAGAGAGAUGGUCCCGCUCGUCUCAACUAUCGCGCGAGAAAACGGUGCAGCGCUUUUCAUUUUCUCCUCUCUAACGUGCAUGUUCUCCUGUGCCAAGCCAUCGGAAGAAGGUGAAUUCUUGGUCCUCUUCGAACGUGGCAAUCUAUCAGAGUGGGCCCGUCUUUUCCGAGGGACAUCGACUGUUAUCAGUACCGGCGGUGAGGACCUUCGUACGGGGAAGCUGGCACCAAUCUUUACGAUUGGAACUUAUCUAGUUGCUGCCCACCGCGAGCCACAGGCCCUUGAGCAAGGGAAACCGCAUGUUUGGGAGUUGCAGCAAAUGAUAUGGAGGGAGUGUGCAGCUGACCCAUCACUUCGGGCUAUCUACCAACAUGUUUUAGAUGAACUAGCCCGAAUAUUGGGUCUAGCUAUAAGGCCUGCAGUCAUGCGGAGACUCGAGACCGCAGAUGUAUUCAGGUGGCUGCUUGAUGUCUCUGAUGAAUAUUUAGAACUCCUGCGUCAGGAAGAGCCGAUUGCACUCAUCAUCUUUGCUCAUUGGUGCGCAUCUAUUCGUCAGAUCGAGUGGAUGUGGUGGAUGGAAGGUCUAAGCUCGCGCCUCAUGACACAGCUGUACUCUGUGUUGGAUCCGAAAUAUCGAGAUUGGCUUUCGUGGCCACAGGAGAUUAUUAAUGGGAGCCAUGAACAGUUCCAAGGUUAA